UUGUAGCGAGGUGUAUUAUUGUGUUCCAAAUAUUCAGCACAUUUCGCCGCGUGUGCUACGACUGUUUUAAAUUAAAUUACUUUCCCUAAAUGGCUUCUGGAUAUAUGUGUGCAUUCCCCAUUUAUUCUACCCUUAAUAUCGUGGAAUGAUUGACUUCGAUUAUAGAUUACGAAAAAAAAGACUAAAGAAGGUGAAUUAUGUUUAGUUAGGCCAUUGUGUUCGAAAUUACUUUGCAUCGCUUAAAGCUAUAUUUAACAAAAAAAAAGUGGAAGUUUAAAAAAGUUAUUUAAAUAAAAGAUUAGAAUUUUGAUUACUAACAAUAAAGAAUUACUUGCGCGCGCAGACGUUUGUCAGUUGUACCGCAUGGUAUGUUUCAGAAGCUGUCCGUAUGCUAGAGAACGUCAAAGAUAAAGGAUUAAGCAGUACUCGAAUGAACGAACAGAUAGUUAUGAAUCUUUUUUCUUUUCAGAACUGUUAAAUAACAUUUAAACUCCAAUUAAUUUAUAAUAAUUAAAUAUUGAUUUUUACCAAAAAAGUGAUAUUAUAUUUUAUCAAAAAAAUUCGAGAGAAAAAUCAACAGUGACUUAAAAAGAUGAAAUCGGGUGUCUACGAGACAACACGACGCACUGAUAAAAAGGUAAAGAAGUAAAAGACGAAGAGUAGUCGGGUAACCGCCCGCACUUAAUUUUGUGAAAGAUAGACAAAGAAAGCAAAAUUUACCCGCAGUGCAAAAGGGAGAAGUGGAAGUUCAAGAAAGGGACGACGAAAACGAGGGAGAGGGAUCCAAGGUCGUCAGGCUUAUACAACGAGAGCGCCUGACAGUUUUUUUUGCUUCCCUUUCGUUGAUUUUUUUUUGCCUUAGGCUAAUCUUCAAACCGUCUUCCGCCCACUUCAAUAUCUUCCGUGUGUAUAACCUCAAAUACCGGUUCAAUUUUUAAUUACUUAUGGAUUCUAUUUGUUAGAUAUACUUAUUUCAUUCGUGUAAGUGUUGUGUUUUCAGUGAGUGCAGUGUGGUGAUUUGGUCACGAAAGAUUAACGGAUUCACUCUGGAAUCCACGUUUUACUUUAUCUCAAGAAAAGUCGAUUAUCAAGAUACUAUUAGCAGUGGAAUGUAAACAAAAAUUUUCUUUUUUGCGAACGUUCAAAACAUUCAAGAGGUGUCGUGACAAAUAAUCUUGUCGAAGAAAUGACUAUUGCCAGUAAUAUUGUUGUUGAGUGGCUGCGGUCACUCCAUCUUGGUCAAUACUCAGAGUCCUUCAUUGACAACGGUUACGAUGAUUUAGAAAUAUGCAAACAAAUUGGAGAUCCUGAUCUUGAUGCCAUCGGUGUUUUUAAUCAAAAUCACCGUGCAAGAUUACUACAAUCUGUCAAGACACUUCGUGAAGAAGGUGCAGCAAGUGUUUACUUUACGCUUGAAGAAUCAAAUGAUUGUUUAUGUGAUAACGUCAGUUUGAAAUCAUCAAGAACAUCGUCUGAGAGACCACCAAGUGAUAAAGAAAUUCAAAGAGCAUCUCCAACUGCUAGUUCAUCAAGUGGAGGUCAAGAACUUACAAAAUUUGUCGAUGAAUAUGAAGAAGGGAAAGCUGAACUUGUUAGGAUACCAAGGAUGCAGUUAAAGAUGUUGCUGCAAGAAAAGUUACGACAUGAUGGAAUUCGUCUUGCUUGUCAACCCUACACCACACCGGUAUGA